UCGUUUGACCCAUCCAAUCCAAUGAUAGUUACUACUUCCUCCUAUCCAAUCCGAUCAGUCAUGUCACAUUGUCACAACGAUUUAAAGGGUGUUUUGGUGAUUUCAUCAUUACUUCUCUUUUUCAUAAACACCAACGAGAGAGAUAUAACAACCGGAGAGAAGUGACCAAAUCACGCACGGCUCUCUCCGCCAACAAAUCCAUAAUGACUUCCCGCAAUAUCUCACGCGCCACCGCCGCACUUGCGCUCCUCUCUCUCCUCCUCUCCGCCGUUGCCGAUUCAUCGGCUAAUUGCAGCAGGAAAUGCAUUGCAGAGCAGUGUGAUACGAUGGGAAUCAAAUACGGGAAAUAUUGCGGGGUGGGUUAUUGGGGUUGUCCCGGCGAGCAACCGUGUGAUGAUACUGAUGCUUGUUGCAUGGCUCAUGACAAUUGUGUUGAUAAAUUUGGAAUGACUCAUGUGAAAUGUCACAAGAAGUUAAAGAACUGUUUAACUAGGGUACAGAAAUCUGGGAAGGUUGGAUUUUCAAAAGAGUGUCCGGUCAGUGUCGUUGCGCCUACCAUGAUAAGAGGCAUGGACUUGGCCAUCUUGCUGAGCCAAUUAGGUGACUCUGUUCAUGAUCUGUAAAAACAUUUUAACCCCCUUGAUAUAUAUAUAUAUAUAGGCCAUAUCCUCAUUUAUAAACAACUAUUGAUUUGGGAAUGUUGAUGUUAAUGAUCUUAUUGAGAGCUUGGUAAUUAAGUCAAUAUUUAUGUUAUAAUUACCAAGUUGUGAUUUAGUUUAUGAUGUCACAAAAGAACUCAAUAGUAUUUAUGGGCAAGGUUCUGUCAUUUUUUUUUCUUCUGGUUAUACAAGGUUCUGUUAUACUAUAGGAAGAAAUGAAUGACAAUUAUUUAUCA